GCUUCGAUAAGAACAAGUCUCAGUGUUGCUCCCGUCUGCAUUUCACUGAGAUAGUUCAGUCCUUUGCCACCAAUACCUUCAGAGAUGUCAUCUUCCCUAGGGGGUACCGAUUCUUCUGCUGUAGGAACCGAUUCUCCAUCAUGGCCUUCCCCUGCCGCCGUCGUGGAGCCAUCCGCGAGAGGGUUGAGUGGACCGAAACGGGAAACCAUGGGUAGCAGUGGUCACACCACCAAGAGCAGGAGUAAUCACAGGACGAUUUCUCCUGUCCGUGGACUUCGACAACGUGGAUUGCGCAACAGGGCGGAGGACGAGACGAUAUCGGAUUCUGCUGGCGUUGAAAGCGUGAACACAGGAAAACAAGAUAUCCCAAGAGCGAUGUCUCCAGUACGACGUGGAUUGAGAGGCAAUACAUGUGCCGAGAUUUCGUUGGCCAACAGCAGCCACCACAAGAAAAUGCUUGCCUAUGGUGGAAGCAAUCAUAGGACACCGAAGGAUACCCAUAUGGAAGCUCCAGUGGUGUCCAACGGAAACUACAUUGACGAGGACGCAAGACAUCGAAAUUCUCGGUCGUUGUCUCCUGUGAGACGCGACUUGAGGAAAAAUACUGACGAUGGUGCCUUGCCACCCAGCACCCAUCAUCGCCACCGGAUUUCCAACGCCGACCACCACCAAGAUGUUGCCAAUUUCAACGGCGUGUCUGGUGGAAGCCACCCGAAGACACGUCUCUCAAACAGCAGCCAUACUGGAACUGGCCAAGAUUCAAUGAUAUUGGAUGCAAGCUGGGGUUCCAACACGUCCGACUAUUCUAAUACCAAUCAACAACAGCGGCAACGCUCGCUUUCUCCUGGAGUAGUGCAGGUGAGAGGGCGUGGCCUGAGAAAGAAUAAAUCGGAAGAUGGAAGUCUCCCUGGGAGUCAGCAUAAGUCUCGCCUCUCCAACAGUAGCCAUCACAGAGGCAGCAACAAUAGCCUUGCUGAUUUCAGUGGUGAGACCAAUUCUAUUGGUGAUUCCUCUGGCUACCAAAAACAACGCAAAAGGUCAGUUUCUCCGGGAGUUGUGCAGGUGAGAGGGCGUGGUCAGAGAAAGAAUAAAUCUGAAGAUGAAUCUCUCCCUGGGAGUCAGCAUAAGUCACGCCUCUCCAACAGUAGCCAUCACAGAGGCAGCAACAACACCAAUGAGCAGUUCCGUGCUGAUUUCAGUGGCGAGACCAAUAAUUUUAUUGGUGAUUCCUCUGGCUACCAAAACUACCACAAAAAGGCAGUUUCUCCGGGAGUUGUGCAAGUCAAAGGUCGUGGCCUGAGAAAGAAUAAAUCAGAAGAUGGAACUCUCUCUGGGAGUCAGCAUAAGUCUCGCCUCUCCGACAGCAGUCAUCAGGCUUCCGUCAAUGGAGUGGAGGCACAAGAUUUGAAUACCAAUUCCAGCCACCAUAGCAGCACUCCUGCUCGCCUUUCGGGCGCUACAACGCGUCGUGGACUCCGUGGGAACAGAAGUGCAGAUGACUCCUUGGCCAAUGGUAGCAGCCAUCAUAACAGAAGCAAUAAUAGUGGUGCUGAAGAUGGAGACAACGGCAUUCCUCCAGCAGCACUCACCACCGUGCCGUCGACUGCUGGUUUGCGAGCGAUGAGGGAUCACGCCCGAAGAACUGCGGCUGGCAACUCCAACGACAGUCCGACGACAGAAACGCAACCACCAAUUAUCUCCGCAGAGCGCCAUCGAAGAAUUAGCUACGAAUCUGUUGCGACUGCGGAUGGACAGGAAUCGCUCAUGAUGGAUUUGAUUGACAACGGGACAAUUCCCGUUUGCAAUGACGGUUAUCGAGCCGAAAUCAUGAACUCGGAUGAGUUCCAAUCAGGCUGCGAGCGCAGCAAUGAAUUCGGCACGAUUCUACCAAAAGGUCCUGUAACAGGUAUUCAAACUAAUUCUCGCAACAACUACGUCGGCGGCUAUGUCGACAGCAACAGCAACGUUCGAACCAUCCCUGAAGACCAGCAACAAAGACACCGUGACAGUGUCGUCGAUUACGACUCAGUUGGCCAUCUCGACCAUCCGCCAGAAACACAACUCUCCUCCGCACCAUCUGAUGCUGUCCGGUACAGUGCACAAGGAGUUGCACUGAAGGACGCGCCCUUACCAGAGGGGGCCGAGCGACCAGGUGCCUAUACCGGAACAAAUGGGCUUGAUUACGAUCGACUGUCUUCUUUGCACUUGACUGAUCAAUCCCAGACUCAGAAUGCUCAAAGAUUGGGGCGCGGUAGUUUUGCAAACGAGCCCGCUCCAUUUCGCCAAGACAGCGACAUUGAACAAUCUCGCAACAUUGAAGAUGAGAAGGAAACAACGUCCAUUCACAGGUGCUUUAUGCAGCUGGGUGCCUUUCUUGUGGUUAUCGUGAUUGUCAUUGUUGUGAUUGUCGUUGCAUCAGGCAGUGGCGGUUCGGAGGAAUCUGUUGUGCAAACGCCCACCGUGCAAAGCCCCGGAGAAGAAGAAAAUACGACCUCCGAAGUAAACGCAGUGGGCUUUGACCUCAGUCUUCUUCCGGAUCUUCCCGAGGCGACUCUCGUGAAGCUGAACGACCCAGGGACACCGCAAUCGCAGGCAUUUGCUUGGCUUGCCGACGAUCUCAACUGGGAGAAAUAUUCCGAAUGGCAGAAGCUGCAACGGUUCGCCUUGGCAGCAAUCUAUUACUCCAUGAAUGGAGAGAGAUGGCCAGAAACCAACGAACAAUCAAUAGGCUGGAUGGACUACAAUAUCCCAGAGUGUGAAUGGCUGUCACAUGACAAUGCUUGCACAGAGAGUGGGCACGUGCGAGAGUUGAGGUUCUCUCGACUUUCAGGCUUUCGAGGAACCAUUCCACCAGAGAUCCAGUUCUUGGAACAACUCGAAAGCAUCGAUUUUAGCAACAAUAUAUUGAAUUCGCCACUAGAAGUGCUGUUCCCCAUAAGAGAACAAGCCCUGCCUUCGAGUAUCAAGGUUCUACACUGUACUCUUUGCCGUCUGCAAGGCUCACUUCCAAGUGAGAUUGGGAUGUUGACGGGACUGCGAUCUUUGAUUUUGACAGAAAGCUCUCUUUCGGGAACAUUGCCCACAACGGUCGGUUUACUGACUGCAUUGGAGGAAUUGAAGCUGGAAACCAACGAUUUGAGUGGUGAAGUCCCUGCGGAGAUUAAUCUCAUGACAUCCCUGACCUUACUGGGUCUCACCGAGAACAACCUUCAAGGCACCAUUCCGGAAAUUGGUAACCUGAGAAAUCUGCUUUGGCUGGGAAUCAAUUUGAAUGCUAUCUCUGGAAGCAUACCCACGAGUAUAGGAAUCCUGACGCAACUUAUCCGCAUUGACCUGGAGGGCAACAGACCACUUUCUGGUUCACUCCCUUCCGAGAUUGGUUUGCUGAGGAAGAUGACAACACUUGAUUUGUUAGGUUGCAGUGUUUCUGGCACUUUGCCGACUGAAGUUGGCAGUUUGGCGGCUUUAAAAUGGUUUGGAUUGGCAACCAAUUCCAUCUCAGGCCGCGUGCCUACCGAAUGCGGGCGCAUGACAUCCGUAAUACACUUCGACCUGCCCUACAAUGAGCUGGUUGGUUCCUUGCCGAGUGAGCUAGGUCUCCUUUCCCAGAUGACCCACCUCUCGGUUGAACAGAAUUCAAUCACUGGCGACAUCGCCUCGGAGAUCAAGGCUUUGCCUAAUUUGCAUACCUUACUUGUCUAACAAUCUGGCUGGGGAUCAAUUUGAAUGCUAUCUCGGGAAGUAUACCCACGAGUAUAGGAAUCCUGACGCUACUUAUCCGCAUUGACCUGGAGGGCAACAGACGACUUCCUGGUUCACUGCCUUCCGAGAUUGGUGUGCUGAGGAAGAUGACGACACUUGAUUUGUUAGGUUGCAGUAUUCUCUUAUUUCUGGCACGUUGCCAUCUGAAGUAGGAAGUUUGGUGGCUUGAAAUGGUUUGGAUUGGCAACCAAUUCCAUCUCAGGCCGUGUGCCUACCGAAUGCAGUCGCAUGACAUCCGUGAUACACUUCGACAUGCCCUACAAUGAGCUGGUUGGUUCCUUGCCUUGCUGCCCAGAUGACCGACCUCUGGGUGGAACAGAAUUCCAUCACUGGCGACAUUGCCUCAGAGAUCAAGGCUUUGCCUAAGUUGCAUACCUUACUUGUCUAACGAUCCGGAGGAUGGCCCCCCAAAUGGUCCUCAAUUUCUCGCCCCUGAUCCCAUGGAACCUAAUCCUGAAUUUGGACUCUCCUUUGCUUUCUCUUUUUUUAAAAGCAAAAAAGCCUGCAGAAUCCAGCGUGGCCGUAUCACAGGACCUCUGUGGAAACGUCAUUCGUGGCAAAAUACUUAAGAGACGAUACACCGAGGAAUAGGAGACGAUCGAAAUGAUUUAAGAGACGAAAGCAAUCGUCUCCUAUAUUUAGGAGACGAUUCAGUAGGAGACAUUCCAAUUAGGAGACGAAAAUUUCGAAAUAGGAGAUGAUCCGAAAGAUUUAAGAGAUGAUACCAUACAGUUUACAUGGUACACUUAGGAGACGAUCCGUUGAGAAUAGGAGACGAUCCGUUGAAAAUAGGAGACGUUUUAAGAGGAGACAAAAGAUUUAGGAGACGAUCCGUUUCGUCUCCUAUUUUUAGGAGACGAAAUCCAUUAAAUAGGAGACGAUCAAAAGGAUUUAGGAGACGAAAAGUAGCACGACUCGAGUUUCCACAGAGGUCCAGC